AUGUAUGUCAAGUACCCCGUGCUCACACAUCCCGAAAAGGUCGUCUCCCGAGCUCCGCUCUACAUGGCACUUGCAUGGUGUCAAAAUUUGCGCCAUCAAGAGCGGACAAAGAUCAACAGAUCGUCCAUGGCCGGCCAAGAAGCACCAUUCACAAUGGACAGCGGGAUCAUGGCCGAGACCAGUGACCGCAAAAAAGGGCAGCGACGGCAGGGUUCGUAA